GUUCUUACCAGCGUCGCUGCAAUCUUACAUCACCGGUGAAUUAAUACCAGGAAAUGUGCGGCAUUCAUGCGGUAUUUUCACAUACACAGCCCGGCCCCAUUGAACCGCAACUCUUGCAGCGUCUGCGCAAUCGCGGCCCCGACCACCUGGGAACCGUGGCAGUUGAGUUUGAGCGAGAUGACUCGACGCGUGUAUAUGUGACCCUGACGUCGACAGUUUUAUCCCUGCGAGGAGACAAUCUGACGGAGCAACCCCUUGUUAGCAACGACACGGGUGCAGUUCUCUGCUGGAACGGAGAAGCUUGGAGCAUAGGAGACAAACCGGUUGUUGGAAAUGACGGCGUAGCUGUGUUAAACCAUCUGGUACAUGCGAGCCGCUCUGGCCACGAAGCUAUCUUGUCGUCUAUACGAGAUAUUCAGGGACCAUUUGCUUUUGUGUUCUUUGAAAAGAAGAGCAAGACGCUGUAUUUUGGCCGAGACCGUCUUGGAAGAAGAUCACUACUACGUGAUACUUCCGAGGGUUAUGCUCUGUCUAGCAUCGCCGGGCAAACAGCGCCAUCAUGGAAAGAAGUUGAAGCCGAUGGAUUAUACAGCAUAAAUCUCGCAUCUAGCGAGAUUAUUUCUAGCAGACACGAUUGGAUCAGUGACGAGUCUCAUGUAUCUGGUAUUGGGACUUUCAAUUCCACCGUAUCGUCUGAACCCGAAUCAUUAUCAAGAGAAUCUGAAGCAUUGAAUCUCCUCCGUGCUCACCUAUCAGACUCUUUGCACCCACGCGUUUUAACCGUUGCAGUACCACCAAACACGAGCACCACAGAUUCGAGGAUUGCAGUGCUCUUCUCUGGAGGUCUUGAUUGCACAGUACUUGCGCGUAUGAUUAAUGAUAUUGUCCCCCCUGGUCAAUCUAUCGACUUGUUGAAUGUGGCGUUUGAAAACCCGCGUAUAGCAUUUCAUAACAAAGAGCUAGAUCAGGCGGCUUUAUACGAGUUGUGCCCUGACAGAAUAACCGGCCGAAAAUCUUUCACCGAAUUGAUCCAAGCAUGUCCAGAUAGAAGAUGGCGAUUUGUAAAUAUUAAUGUACCAUAUACCCUAACAACAGCUCAUCGGAGCGACGUUAUAAACUUGAUUUACCCGCACAAUACUGAAAUGGAUCUAUCCAUAGCUUAUGCUUUAUAUUUUGCAGCCAUGGGCGUUGGAAAAGCACAGAUUGCUGUAGAUGCCGAGCCAGAAGACUAUGGUACCACUGCGCGUGUUCUUCUCUCUGGCUUGGGUGCCGAUGAGCUAUUUGGCGGUUACCAACGACAUGAGACUGCUUUUCAACGACAUGGAUACCCUGGGUUGAUUGAUGAGCUCAAACUGGACGUCUCUCGCCUUGGAAAACGAAACUUGGGAAGAGAUGACAGAGCCAUGUCAAACUGGGGCAGGGAGGUACGGUUUCCAUAUCUAGAUGAAGCUUUUGUGAAAUGGGCCAUUGGAACCCCUGUCUGGCAGAAGUGUGAUUUUGGAAAUGGAGAAGAUAAGACAGGAGUAGAACCAGGUAAACGACUACUGAGGCUCCUGGCGCAAGAGCUCGGAUUACCAUCUGUUGCAACAGAGAAGAAGCGUGCGAUUCAAUUCGGAGCACGCACUGCCAAAAUGGAGAAUGGAAAAGUUAAGGGAACAACCCUGAUAGCAUGAGAAUAGCAUACAGUGGCAAGUCCCACUUGAGCAACCCGGCGAUGAUGAUACCCAGAUACUUCCGAGUCUAGCUUCGCCCUGGGCCCGAGCAGUCGUGGCGUUUUGCUGCUUAGCAGCAUAACCCUUCAUGCUCGGGUGCAUAUUUACGCGAGAGACAAUGACGUCGUAAAGGCAAGUCUGAGCUGAUAAUGGAUUGCCAAGUUGCUUGUAUAUAACGGCCAUCUAUGCUGCAGCACGAUGGCAAGGGGUAUCUUUGUAUACGUCUAUAUAAAAUUAUAAUACAUGAUAAUGAUGGCACAUUCAACCGAACGCGCUGACAGCAUUGAGAGCGCCCAGAGAAUCGACCAUGAAGUGACUAAAGGCCUCAUCCUCAUUAUCGUCAUCCAUGUAGGCAUUGUCGUCGGUUUCCACAGGGAGUUUGGAAUAGAGCCCAUCUCCUGCCCGAGGCCAUAUGUCGGGUAAUGUAUCCUCUUCCUCCUCGUCUACCUCGUCAUCGCCUCUGGCGGCGAUUGCUGACUCAAACAUGCGUUGUCUAUUUAUCGAUUUCUUGGAAGCUUUGUGACGUUGUCUCAUCCGCGGGUUGAUCAAUGUAUGACCGUGGCGCCGCCGAGACGAAGUACUUGAUGCUGCAGCCAUAGCCAUGACUUUGUUCUCAGCAACGGCUGCUGGGUCCCAGUCUGGAGAGCGGAAAAUAGGAAGCCCGGGGUGUCGUUUUGACACCGAAACCAGGAUGUCCACAAGAAGGCUAGGAUGCAGCUGGUCGCAGAAAGUUAAUAUGUUGAGGAGGUCGCUGCGUUUUCUCGACGCAAAGUACUCCGACCG